AUGUCGCAGCGAUACUAUCCAGCAGAAAGCUCCUCAAGGGGGGCUCGAAGACCCUUUGGCAGAGCUGCCACCACUCCAUCGACACCCUCCGAGCCGGCCUUCUCGGAUUCUGGUUAUGGAGGUUCUAUCUCUGAAGAUGUUCGAAACUUCGAUCUCAGUGAGCUUUCCGAACUCAAUGAAGAUAUGCCGAUGCCACCUAGGAUAUCUUUGCCUGCACUAGGAGCAGAUGCUACUGAUGGCGACCGACGUCAGCAUCAGAUGCAUGUCCAGCAAAUGCACUAUAACCAAAACAGAGUUGCUCUAAGCCGAUCUAUCUACAGAACGAUCGAUACUCUAGAGGGUCUUCAAAAUAUGAACCAAACAUGGCCGAUUCACUAUCCCGCUGUCCAAAGAACCGAAUCGUCUCCAAUGCAGCGCAAGACCUCAGUGACAGAUGAUUUCUUUACACCUGAUACUACCGGCUCACCCUCGAGGGAACGAUUCGCACCACCUCGAAGGGCCCUUACUAGCUUCGAUCGUCAACCAACCCGGAACAGCAGAUCUGGAACACCGGAACCUCGAUUGAUGUCCCCACAGAUCUCUCAAGAGUUCAAUAUUCUUAAACUCGACCUCCGAAUAGGCUCGUUGUCUCAAAGCGAACUAGUUCACUCCCUCGAGAAGGAGUCUAUAGCGUCUCUUUUGGACAAUAAAUUAACACAGGCCAUCAAGCAUUUACGCUCCCUCCGCGACCGUAUUGAAGAUACUGCAUCCAAGGUCCUUGUUACUGGUGAUCUCAACGCUGGAAAAUCAACGUUCUGUAAUGCCCUGCUAAGGAAGAAAAUAUUGCCUGAGGACCAACAACCGUGCACCGAAAUUUUCUGCGAGGUCUUGGAUUGCCGUAUCAACAAUGGAGUCGAGGAAGUUCACGCUAUUUUUAAGGGAGCAACAUACGAUCGAAUGGAUGAACGAACUUUCGAAGCCCGACCUUUGAAGGAUUUGGAGGAUAUUGUUAUUAUGGUCGACAAAUAUUCACAGGCCAAGGUUUACGUCGAAGAUUCUCGACCAAUCGAACAAAGCCUUCUUAGAAAUGGCGUCGUUGAUAUUGCUCUCAUCGAUGCUCCUGGUCUCAACAUGGAUUCCGUUCAGACUACGGCUGUCUUUGCUCGGCAGGAAGAAAUCGACGUUGUUGUUUUCGUUGUUAGUGCGGAAAAUCACUUCACUCUUUCGGCCAAGGAGUUCUUGUGGAAUGCUGCGAACGAGAAGGCGUACCUAUUCAUUGUCGUCAAUCGUUUCGAUAAUAUCCGCGACAAGGUGCGAUGCCAGCGUAUGAUCUUGGAGCAGAUCGCCAACAUCUCCCCACAAACUUUCAACGACAGCCAGGAUCUCGUACAUUUCGUCUCCUCCAAUGCGGUGAUUGAUGGAAAGGACCCGGACAAGAGUCACGACUUUGAUAACCUUGAAAACUCCCUUCGAGGCUUUGUCCUAGAUAAGCGUGCGCGUUCCAAGCUCGGCCCAGCCAAGAGCUACCUGCUCAACUUGCUCCAGGAUAUUGAGCAACUUGCUCUUAUCAACAACAAUAUUGCUGGUAGAGAGUUGGAUUCUUUGAGAUCUGACCUUGCUCGUCUCAUGCCCAAGUAUGACGAAUCUGUGAAGGCUAGAAUCGCUGUCUCUGAUGAAUGCGACCGACAAAUCGAAGAUACCUGCAAUGCUGUCUACCGUAACUCCCGCCGUGAGAUCUCUCGAACAAUUGAAGAUGUUGAUAAGGCACACCAAAUUCCUUGGCGCGGCGUCUUCAACUCCUUCAAGUUCGCGGAAGAAACCCGUCGCGCCAUGUUGGAGAGCAUUACCCGAGCGGUUGUUGAAGCUGAAAAUGGCGCUCGCAGAUCUACAGUUUCUGGUGUAGGAGCUAUAAACGCCUUGGGAGUCUUGCACCUGAAUCAGGAAUAUGUGGAAAAGACUUUCCGUCCUGACUUUAUGUUCAAAAAGAAGAGAGACGCUCUCGGACGUAACAUCAAGACCCAGCUCGAUGCCUUCGACUUCUUCGAUUUCGACCGUCAGGAGAAGGUUGCGGGUAUGAGCAUGUCCCUUACGGUCCUUUCCGUCGCUGGCUCUCGCAUGUUCAACAUUAGCUCUUGGGUUGACGGUGUCGUCCAGGCUACAAAUAUCGUUGGUAUUCGUAACGCCAAGCGCCUUAUUAUCCCGGCUAUCAUCGCUGGUGUCGGUGCUGCGGCUUACUGGAUCAUUAGCGAUGUUCAGCGUGCCAUUCCUAAGAAAUUGGCUAAGAAGAUCAAGAGAGAGUUAGCGGAGAUGGAUUAUGUCCACCAGAACUCCGAGCGUAUCUCUAAGGAAGUGCGCAAGGUGCUUCGGUUCCCUGCUGAGGAACUCCGAAGCGGGUUCCAGAAGAACAUCGAGGGUCUUAAGGUUAAGAAGGAGGAAGCUACGAAGAGGAAGGGUGAAUGUGAAGUUGCCGUCAAAUACUUCGGAAACCUUUUGCGUGAAUCUCGCGAGCACGCAGGCGUUGUUCGUCGGUAUGACUUGGAAGCUGCUUCUAACCAUUAG